AUGGGCUCGCCCCUGCCGAGCUGGACGCUGCUGCUGCCGCUGCUGUUGGCAAUGCUACUGCCUGGCGCCGGGGGCGAGCCGCCCCGGCCGGCGGCCAGCUAUCAGGCCACGCCGAAGCCGACCCCGGCGGCCGGCUACCAGGCCACGCCGAAGCCGGCUCCGGCGCCCGGCUAUCUGCCGCCGGCGCUGCCGCCCGGGCACCACGCGCUGCCCGGCGUGCUCCAGCGGCAGCAGCAGCGGCACGUGCAGCAGUGGGAGGAGGCGAAGACACACCGCGGGAUGGCGGACGUGCAGCAGAAGGCGGGCGCAAUGUUCUACUAUCACGCGCCGAAACCGUCGCGAUCCGGUCCCGCUGACACCGGCGUCAUGCACAAGCUCAAGCUCAAGUUCGGCUCGGCGAUGAGCGAGUUCAAGAAGUUCGCUAAGCAGCUCUCGUCACCGCCGCGGGGGACACCGUCAAGUCGCAAAAGGCAGCCGCCAGGUCAGCCGGGUCGAGCGAAGCGGCCCCCGCACGGCGACGGUCCGGGUCACCGCCGUCCGACCGGCAGCCAUCGCCGGCCGAGACCGCCGAAGAGACGACGGAACACGACCAUCACCGCUGAGGAGGAGGCCAGGCGAGCCAGAGAGCGUCUGCAGACGGGUGAUCUCUGGCUGGGUGAGUUUUUGGUCUGGAUGUUCGGACUGCUGUACGUCGGAGGCGUUACCAUCGGCUGAGACUGUGCAUCGGCGAAGACCAGCGGGAAAGCCAAUGCUAAUGGAAUGGAUGGGAACUCCGGAAUGAGACUGAUGCAAGGAAGCUGCGCUGGUAUGACAGAGGUCUACGGUGGUGCGGGCACCUCGAAAAAAGCGUGAGACUUGGGUUUUUACGCCGACGUUUUGUUAGUUUACUGUUGUUGGAGUGCGUCACAAAGAGGUGUGGGUUAAUAUACAUCGCAAAAAGUAUUUGCCCUAUCGGUACACACUCAGGACAAUUCAAGGUGGUGAAUGAGGCUUAACGAAAAUGCGUUACAAUGUAUGCGUUGCAGAUAUUUAAUUUUCAAAGAUGAAUAUCCAUGAAUAUCAAUGUGAGGUGCGAUUCGAUACAAAAUAUAGUGAUACGCACGCAUCGCUGGGCCUGGACGCAUGCAUGCGCAUUAACAAUAACAAUGAAUUUCGUAGGAUAGCAAGGCAUGCGUUGUCACUGCAAUGAUAAUGGUCGUAUGGGUUAUCCAGGCUACGCAAUGCACUCAAAUGUUGCGUUGAGUCCCCUAGCUUCGCUGAUUUCGCCUAAAUUUACCAUCCACGUCUUGCCAAUGUCAUCCUUGCUAGUCCUUUUCACUUUAAGGUUAUUUUCCACCUGGCACAUUGUUCUAUAUGCAUACAUGCAUGUCCGUUUGAUUCGUUGCCCGCAGCAUGUGAAGUUUUACAAAUAAUGUUAAAGGUUGCUUGUUGUCCAUUGUCGAGCCGCCAGAUGAUUAUAAGUUAGGUCAAGUCGCGUGUGUUAUUACCUCAUCGGAGCUUUCCUUAUUUUGCAGAGAAAAGCUGGUUCAAGUCAAAGUGCAUUACCACUAUUUAUUUUCAACAGGCAGCAUCAGAUCAUCAGAGGGCCUUCCAUGCUGAUCAGCUUGCCUUUGAUCCUGAGUACAAUAUGCAUUUUUAAUCAAGGCGACGCAUGUUCGGGAUUUGUUGCAGCUGAUUAUGCGCUUACUAAAAUCGAAAUUUGGUAUCACUUCCUGGACGAAUACAACGGAAUAGCUCUGUGAAUA